AUGGUGCAGACCGCGUUUCUGUUCCACUCCACAUUCAAGGUAGAAAUACUGCAAGUGUUCGCACAGAAGACUGCAGAAACCUGGACAGCACCUCGCUGUUGCAGUCCCUCACUGCGGGGCAUACAGCCCUGUGGCCCCUGUGCAGUUUCCUGCCGCGUUGUCAAGGCAACAGCUGGCCGUAUCAGCGCCCAGCAAAAUGUCAAUGACGCCUCACAUGUGUGCGUCACUCUUGGAGGCGGGCAGUCACCUCAGGACCCCUACACAGGAAACUAUGCCACUUACCUCAGCCCAGGCUAUGGGAAAGCCUUCAGGCAUGGGUAUCAGCUCAGUCAGCAUCAGAGAAUUCACACUGGCGAGAAGCCCUGUGGGGAGUGUAAAGAUUGCAAGAAAGCCUUCCGCUGCUGCAAUCCGCUUGCUCAGCACCAGAAAAUUAACACCGGGAAGAAGCCUUAUGAUUGUAACAGCUGCGGAAAGGCCUCUUGCUGGGGUUCGAGCCUUUUUGUUCAUAGAAUUCACACUGGGGAGAAACCAUGCUUACGUAAAGACUGUGGGGAAACCUUUAGGUGUGGCGACGAACUCACUCGGCAUCAGCAGUUUCAUACUGGGGAGAAAAGCUAUGAGUAUAAAGACUGUGGGAAGACUUUCAGGCUCUAUAAACUUGUGCAGCACAAGGGAAUUCACUGUGGGGAUAAGCCCUAUGAGAGGAAGGACGGUGGGAAGGCCUUUAUUUGCGAUUCCAGCCUCAUUCAGCCUGAGAGAAUCCACACAGGUGAAAAACCCUUUGAAUGCCAAGAGUGUGGGAAGUCCUUUACUAGAGUCGCUUACCUCACUCAGCACCAGAAGCUUCACACUGGCGAGAAACCACAUGAGUGUAAGGAAUGUAGGAGGGCCUUUCGCUGGCUUUCAAGCCUUGUUAACCAUGAAAGAAUUCAUUCAAGUGAGAAACCCUAUAAAUGUACAGAAUGUGGGAAGGCCUUUAUAGAUGGAUCAGGCCUUCUUAAACAUGAGCAAAUUCACACUGGUGACCCCUAUAAAUUUAAGGAAUGUGGGAAGAACAUUAUAUAUGGAUCAAGACUUCUUAAACAUGAAUGAAUUCACACAGGAGAGAAACCCCACAAAUGUAAGGAAUGUGUGAAGACCUUUAGUCAUGCCCAUCAGCUUAGACAGCAUGAGAAAACGCACAUGGCAAAAUCGUGUCAGGAGUGUGGAAAGAUUCACAGUAAUAUAAAGAGAACAUCAGAAGACUCAUGCACAUUGAAAACAUUGACUACAAAGAGCAUACCAAGGCCUCUGUCCUACAUUCAUUCUUUCCUUGGUGAUUAA